GAGAAGAGAAAUAAAAUACCAUUGAUCUCUGAACAAUAAUCAGUCAGUGUUACUGUUUACAAUUAUUAGGUACAUACCUCACAUAAUAUAUGCAUUAAAUAAACUAAUAUAUUAAUUGAGCUCUGACGUCAUACGUUACAUACGAUAUCGUAUCUGAAAUUUUUUUAAUAUAGUUGUGACACUGCAUUAUUUUUAUGAAAUACUCGAAUUGUAUAACGCAAUCCAAUGACUAUAACAAGUUAUAAAGAAAAGUCACCAAAAUGAAAUCUUGGAGGGAAUCUGCUUCCAUCAUAAUUGCUGCUAAAAAUGGUCAAAAAUACCAUGCCACACAAUCACAAUACAAUUACAAUUUGCUUUUCUUGAAGAGAAAAAAAGAAGCAAAAUUCUCUGGUGCCUAUGUGUUCCCUGGUGGUGUCAUUGAAAUAGCAGACGCGCAUUUAAAGUGGCAAAAUCUGUACAAAAAUUACGGCUUUAAUGAAAACAGCUUCAAAUCAUUAUUUCCUAACACCAAAAGUCGACCGCACAUAUUCAAUAGUAGGGAAAAUGAAUUGCCUAGAGAGAUUUCACUACGAAUAGCAGCUAUUCGUGAGACAUUUGAAGAAUGUGGUGUACUAUUGUGCGAACAGUCAUCAGAAAUAUCCGACAAAGCACACCAUUUUCCAAUUUCCAGUGAUGAUUUGGAAUUUUGGCAAAAGGAAGUUCAUGGAGAUCCCAAUGAAUUUUUCAAUAUGUGUGAACAGUUGCAUUGCUGGCCUAAUUUGUGGGCAUUGCAUGAGUGGACCAAUUGGUUGAGCCCUACUUUGUUUCCAGCUGCAAGGCGUUUCAACACUGCUUUCUUUUUUGCUACUAUGACACAAAUUCCAAGCUCAAAACUUGAUUUUAGUGAAGUAGAAGAAAUAUUGUGGGCAACUCCAGAAUAUGUGAAAAAAUCUCUCAUUGACUAUUUACCACCACCUCAACUGUAUGAAGUAAACAUAUUAGAAAAAUAUAAAAAUAUUGAUGAUUUAUAUAAAUACGCUUUAAUUAAAUCAAGGAAGGGUGUUCAACUUUACUUUCCUGUAGUCACAGAAUUAAGUGAUGGUAAAGCUAUCCUGUUGCCAGGAGAUCAAAUGUAUCCUGAAACUGUUAAUCUUUAUGAACAAGAAGUUGUGGAUAAAUCAAACUUGACUAUAAAACAAUUCAACGAAAUGUCUGGUGCUGUUAAUAGACUGGAAUUCUCAAAUGAAGGAAACAAAAGUUUGCAAAUAAGAACUUCCAUGGCUUCAAAAUUAUAA